GUUUUGACUUUUAAAGAAAUCAACUGGCAGAUGAUCAGAAUAGAGGCAGAUGCAAUCCAGAGUUCUAAGCAUGAAAUCAUGAGUGCUCCGGUUCGACUGAUUACUAACCAGUCAAAAAUUAGGGUCACGCUUAAAAGAAGGUUAAAGGAUUGUAAUGUAGUGGCAUCAAAACUGGUUCUGAUUCUGGAUGAUUUGCUGUGGGUUUUGACUGAUUCCCAGUUGAAGGCCAUGGUGCAGUAUGCCAAAUCUCUUAGUGAAGCCAUAGAGAAAUCAACAGAACAGAGAAAAAGCUUGGCUUCUGAAACAGCACAGAGCUCUGCCCCUGCACCCACCUCUCAGCAGGUGAAAACACCCCAGACGGCAGCAGCACUUGAUCAAAAUGAUGCAAUAGUAAAAUUGUUUAAUGAUUUUGAUGUUAAGGAAACUUCUCAUCACUUAGUAAUUUCCCAUUUGGACCUACAUAUAUGUGAUGAUAUCCAUUCUAAAGAAAAAGAUUCAAAUAGACGUGUUACAGGAGGGGCCAUGCAGCUUUCCUUCAGCUAUUUAACAGUGGACUAUUAUCCAUUUCACAAAGCAGGAGACAGCUGUGAUCACUGGAUGCAUUAUAGUGAUGCCACUAAAACCAGAAGUGGGUGGGCCAAAGAAUUAUUAAAUGAAUUCAAAAGCAAUGUUGAAUUACUUAAGCAGGCUGUGAAGGACCAAGUUAUAGAUUCUCCUCCCAAAUCACCACCUGCUGUCUCCCCUCAGAACCUACAAACAGGCAAGGAACAGAUACCGAAAGGAACAUCUAGGGCUUCCUCUGUAUCUUCUCAACAACCAAAGGGCAAACUGAUGUCUAGUCCUAUUGUGGUUAGACUUGCAGAUUUCAAUAUAUAUCAGGUUUCAACAGCAGACCAGUGUCGUUCUUCCCCUAAAGCUCUGAUCUCUUGCAAUAAAAAGUCACUUUAUCUUCCACCGGAAAUGCCAGCUAUUCAUAUUGAAUUCACUGAGUAUUACUACCCAGAUGGAAAGGACUUUCCUAUUCCAUGUCCAAAUUUGUACGGCCAGCUGAAUGCUUUACAGUUCACCCUGGAUGAGAGAAGUAUUCUUUGGCUAAAUCAGUUUGUGUUGGAUUUGAAACAGAGUCUUAUUCAGUUCAUGGCCAUGUACAAGUUAAAUGAUAAUUCAAAAUCAGAUGAGCAUGUUGAUGUUAGAGUUGAUGGCUUAAUGUUAAAGUUCAUAAUCCCAUCUGAAAACAAACCUGAAAUUCAUAAAGAUCAACCUCAUGCACUUUCUAUUCAAAGUUCAGAGAUGAUUGCUACGAAUACAAGAUACUCACCAAACUGCAGACACUCUGAUCUUGAAGCUUUGUUUCAGAACUUCAAAGACUGUGAAUUUUUCAGUAGAACUUUCACCACUUUUCCCAAGUCCCAGAAGAAUUUUAAUCUUUUGCAUCCAAUUUUCCAGAGACAUGCUCAUGAACAAGAUACUAAAAUGCAUGAUGUUUAUAAAGGUUAUAUCAUACCACAGUUAAAUAAAUAUGCAUUAAAGACAUCUGCAGCUACUGAUGUUUGGGCCUUGCAUUUUUCCCAGUUCUGGAUAGAUUAUGAAGGAACAAAAAGUGGGAAAGGCCGACCAAUAAGCUUUGUGGACUCGUUUCCACUUUCACUUUGGAUUUGCCAACCAAUAAGGUUUGCAAAGUCACAAAAAGAGCUUUUAUCCCAUGAUCAGACAGCUUUGAACAUUCCAAAAAGUGAAUCUAGUGAUCUUGCUAAUAGACUGCAACGUAAUAAACUUCUUAAGGAAUAUUACAGCACUGAGACAGAGCCCUUGACCAAUGGCAUUCAAAUGUUAGACACUUCAGGAGUGCUUUCUGAAAGUUCUUCCACAGAUGCAGAUGUACAUGUCCUAGUCCAUGUUCAAAAACAUGUAAGCAUGCAGAUCAAUCAUUACCAGUACCUUUUUUUGCUGUUUCUCCAUGAAUCUCUUGUAUUGCUCCUGGAAAACUUAAGAAAUGAUGUAGAAGCAGUGACAGGAAAACCUGCAAAGCAAACAGAUGUCUGCAUUGGGAUCCUACUUAAAAGUGCAGAAGUAGCCUUACUACUCCAUCCAGUGACUCAGGGAAACCCUUGUAAAUCUCCAGUUGUGGAAGAAGGAAGUCCUGUGGCAUCAGAACUCUCCCCUGUGGGAAAUGAGGAAGCUCUCACUUCAGAGAAUAAAUUAGUUGGCAAUAAGAUAGUGCAAGCUGGUAUUACUGAUUUUGAUUAUGUAAAUGCCUGCAAGCCUUUGAAUGCUGAAGUUAAUAAAGGAAUUCUAAUAGAUCCUGUUUUGUUUAAAUCAGACAGUAAUAUGGACUUUCAGAAAGGAACAUCAUUUUCAGAUGAUGCAUCAGAUAAAGGUUUAGGAGAUACAAGUGAAGGAGCAAGCAGUGGACUUUUUAGUAGAAGUGAUUCAGAGGAGGUCUGUGGACCUCUGAGUGAGAAAAGUAGCUUGCAUCCUAAAGAUUCAACAUCCAUCUUAAAUAAGAGAGAAGAUUCUACUGAAUUUUUCAUUGAUAAAGAGGAUGACAAAAACAUAUUCUCAAAUAAGUUAAAUGAACAGGAAGGCACAACUGAAGGCUGCCCUAACCAAGUCACUGACUUGGAAACAGAAACUGCCUUAGAAACUGAAGAAUUUGAAAUCAACAAAGUGACUUCAAUUAGAAUGUUUGCAUCCCAGUCUUCAUCAAGUGCAAAGCCUAAGGAACGCUGCCCGUCCAACCUCCCUGCAUUCUCUGUUUCUUACAAGAAUAUGAAGAGAAGUCCAUCACAAGUCUCUCUGGACACCAUCUCUAUUGAUAGUAUGAUGCUAGAAGAUCAUUUGGUGGAGAGUGACGGAAGUGACAGCCAAAGCUUUCUGGAGAAAGGUAUUACAGCCACAAACUAUCAAAGCCCGUCAGAAAAUGCUCAUGAAGGAGGCACAGUGAUUGAAAAUUGUGAUGGCUCAUCUCCAGAUGCUGUGAGCGCUGCUUCAGAGAAUGCCCAUGAGCCUAGUGAAGAAAUGAUGUCUGUUGUGGUUUUUCAAAUAUUUGGUAUUAAUGGUGAAAUUGACAUCAGAGGUGAAGACACAGAAAUAUGCCUACAGGUCAAUCAAGUGAUACCAAAUCAAUUGGGAAAUAUCAGUGUUCGGCACUAUCUUUGCAACAGAACUGUUGGUUCUGAUUGUAAAUCUGUGGCUGGACCAGUUAAUUCAUCACCUGAGAUUAGUUUGAGAUGGGAAAGUGGGCCUAGUGCUGUCAUACAUUCUCUGCUGUCUGUAAAAAAUGGUUUUCUUCAAUGUCACGUAGAGAACUUCAGUGCUGAAUUUCUAACAUCUUCCCUCACAAACAUUCAGCAUUUUCUAGAAGAUGAAACUGUCGCAGAAGUGAUGCCUAUGAAGAUAAAAGUUUCUAAUGCAAGGAUUAAUUUAAAAGAUGACAGUCCACGUGAAAAUCUCAAGGCAUCUGAGCUGGUACCCAUAAAACUACAUAUUGACAUACUCUGGAUAGAAAGAAAUGAUGAUGGCUCUUUUCUCAUUAGAGACAAUCAAACAGUGAAUGAUGUGUCAAAGAUGAAGAAUUCAGGUAGUUCCUUGCAGCAAGCAGGUGGACCUGCUGGACAUAAAACACAGGACCAAGCCACGCAGACUACUUGUGAAAUUCCCAGAUCUCCUAAAUCAAGGAGGGAUUCAGCUGACUUCCUUAAAAAGGAGCUUAUAGAAGAAAAUGAAUGUCUCAAACAGGAACUAGCCAAAGCCAAAAUGGCUCUUGCUGAGAUCCAAAUGGAAAAAGAUGCUCUGCUUCAUCGUAUAAAGAAGAUGAAUGUUGAUCAUCAGUAGGAGAGUGUUCUAUUGGUGCAAGGCAUCAUCAACAGAACUCCAGGUGAUGCUGGCAUCUAAAAUACUGUUUGUAAAUUGCUGGAAGACAUGGUUUGGUUUUGUCACAGAUAAAGUUUUCUCAUUAUGAACAAAAUGUUUGUGAACUAGUUACUAUUCUGAAAUUAUUGUUAAACAUUGCAACUAUUUUCAGCCCAUUUUAAACUGAAAUGACUUU